AUGACCACUCAUCAACCCAUUCGAGUUGGACUUCCACUUCAAGAUUAUCAAAAAUUACAAUCCAAUCAACUCACUCAACAGAAUAUUCGAGUUGGCAAACGAGACUUACGAGGAGUUUAUUGGAUAUCAUUCUUGAUUAUCUUACUUUUGAUUCUAAAGCAUCAACACACGAAUCAUUUUGAAAGGAGGAUAAAUCAGUUUGAAAUUGAUAAAACCGAUCGAGAUUCUUGGAAAAAGUUUGAUGAAAGGAUCAAAAGACUUAAUUCUAAAGUUUUUAUUGAAACAUUAAGAACGAUGUUUGAAAUGAUUUUUAUUGCAAGACAUGGUGAAGGUUUUCAUAAUAUUGCUGAAUCUAAAUACGGAACUCCAAUGUGGGAUUGUUAUUGGUCAGAAUUAAAUGGUGAUCAAAACUUGACAUGGGGACCAGAUUCAAGGUUAAGUCCUAAAGGUCAAAACCAAAUCAAAUUAGCUAGAGAGUCGUGGAAACGAGAGAUUUCAAGAUCAAUACCUUUACCUUCACUUUUUAUUACAUCACCAUUAAGUCGAGCGAUUGAAACGUUGGAAAUCACAAGUGUUUGGAACGUUUCGAAGAAUACUGUACCUGAGGUUAGAGAAGGAUGGAGAGAAAAUAUAGGUUUACAUACUUGUGAUUUAAGGAGGACUCGUGAAGAAAUCUAUAAAGAUUUUGGAUUUGUGGAAUUUGAAAAUCGGUUUAAUGAAACUGAUGAAUUAUGGACCAAAGAUUUUCAAGAAACUAGUGAACAACUCGAUAUAAGAAUUCGAAAAUCACUUGAAACUUUAUUUAAUGAUCCAAAUGAUCAAAAACAUACUUAUGUUUCUAUUACGUGUCAUUCUGGAGUGAUUAAUUCGUUGUUACGCGUGAUUGGUCAUCGACCAUUUCCAACUCAAACUGGAGGAAUGAUACCUUUGGUGAUCAAAGGUAGUGUAAAUCCUACACCGACUAGACCUCCUUUACCUGGUCCUAGUGCUACUAAGCCCGAUUGUCCUAUUGAUUCUUCAUCGAGUAAUUGAAGAAUAGGUUUUUUUUGGAUUUCGAUUAAUUUUUGUUUUUUUGUUUUUGUACUUGGAGAAUCGGAUCUGCAAAGUGUUAAGUUUUUUAAAUUACAAGUUGUAAUGAUUGUUUAUGAUAGCAUUACAAUAAGAUAUAAAUUUCCAAUUAUUAUCAGAAUCUUUGAGAUUAUAAGUCUUCAACAAACAAUUUAACAAACAAGAUUGAUUGGUAUAAGAAAGAGAACUUUAAACUCAUCCAUUGUACUUAAACUCAUCCAUUGUACUUUUUUUUGAAUUUCAAAGAUUUAAAGAAUCCAAAUUGAGAAAGAAACAGUUUGAAAGAAAGAAUUCCAUUACUUUUAAGAAAAGAGAAUUGGUAAUUUUUGGUUGUUGAAAUCGAAGAAAAUCAUAGGAAAAAAGUAGCAUCAAUUUCAAGUAGCUACAAUAAAGCCAAUACUAGUUCUAGCAGUAUUGGCUUGUACAGUUGAAUUAGUAGAAUCGUUUGUAAUUAAAUUUUGAGCUUGAGAUUUUUGUAGUUUUCGAUUGUAAGCUUCUCUUCGAUUGAUCAAAUCGUUUCGAACGGUUAAAGUGUUACAAUCUACAUUUGAAAUCCCAUCUUCUUCAUUCAAAUGAUAAAACCCACCACAGAUCAAACACUCAUCUAAAUACCUCAUCGUGACGGGCCACAUCUCAGGUCUAGGAACUCCUGCAUUAUCCCAACCUUGAAUAACAACCUUCAUUGUUUUUUCUAAAUCCCAUUUAUGUAAAAAAGAUGAAUCUAUUGACAUAUGACAUAAAACAUCAUUUGUUUGAGCGUUGCCUACUGUAUAUCUUUGUUUAACUUUGACUGAUUUGAUACCUAAUUCUCGAUUUUGGGCUGUGAUAGCUUCAUAUAAAUAAUGAUUUAAAUCAAUCUUGGUAGAAUCAUGAAAUGGAAUACCCAUCAAAACAAUUGGGAUUUCAACCGGUUCGAUAUCUCCUUGAUGAUCUGUAAAUAAAUUUGAUAAAGAAGUGAUGAUAAAUUCGAUUUCAGGAGGAGCUUGGUAUUCGACUUUUUCAACUUUAUCUUCUUCUUCUGAUGAUGAUUUGUUUGAAUCAAUUGAAUUUCCCAUAAAAUAACCUCUGGAAUAGUUUAAGGAUUUUUGAUCAUUUAGGUUUAGUAAAGAUUGAUUGUCUUCGAAUUUGACCAUCCAUUCUCCUCUACUCCAACCUAAAUCCAAUGCCACAAUUUCUUUAACAUUUAUUAAGUUUUCUUGAAAGAUUUUGAUAACGAUGUCUAACGCAUUUUGAGGCGGGUUUCCUAAGACUCGGAUGUUGUACCAGUUAUGAUGCUCGUACGGUUUACUACAUGUUAAUAAAGCCUUCAUGUACUGAGAGCACCAUAGAGUGGUGAUUGGUCUAAGUUGGAAAUUAGAACCUUCGGUGUCUACUUUUCGUUUUUUGGAUGGUUUUUUGAUUUUAGGUUCUGAGGGCGCUUCACUGGAUUCUUUGGUUUCUCGUUUUUUCACCAUUUGAGAAUUUUAAGAAACUUGUGAAGGUGAUUUGAUUUCGGAUAUAACGUAAAGGUCCUUAGUCGUGCUGAAUCGUGGGUGAGUUCCAAGUGAAUGAGAUGGGUAUCUGUUUU